AUGGGAUCUAAACGACUAGGCUACAGGAAGUCUCGUAUGGGCUGUUUGAGAUGUAAGAAGAGACGCUGUGACGAAUGCGCUCCGUGUGGUGCGUGUAAGCGUCAUGAUGUGCCGUGCAGCCUCGACCGAUCCUAUAGAUACGCCCCAGAAAACUCAUUGUCCCCGGCGGCGGCGUCCAAGGAUGGCACCACUAAAGCCACCACAGCCCACCCACCGUCCCUACUCUUGUCUUCGCCAAAGGCUAUGCCAGCUGAUUAUGGAGCCUGCUGGAUCUCCGACGCCGAGCUUAUGCACCAUUACUCUACUGUCGCAUAUCGUACCCUCUCCUUUUCGGAACAUGUGGCCCCUACCCUCCAAGUUGAUGUGCCUCGGGAAGCCAUUUCUCACCCUUUCUUCCUGCACGAGAUCUUGGCUUUUUCGGGAUUUCACCUGGCGUAUCUCUACCCUAGCAAACGCAAUUCGUAUACUCUUCAGGCCUCCAAACACCAAAGGCUAGCCAUUAGCGGUAUGAGAGACGCGUUAGCAGGCUCGAUCAAUGCGGGAAACUGCCAUGUCAUCUUUGCUACGUCACUAUUUUUGACAAUAAGCGCCUUUGCCGCAUUUCCGAGCUAUGAGCACCGAGACUGUCCAAAGCCCAUCAAGGCACUGAUCGAUAUCUUCUCUCUCGUCAGUGGGGUAGGCAGUAUUCUUCGAUCGUCCGAGGAAGAUAUUCUUGCUGGCCCCUUGAAAGGAAUUUUUAGUCCAUACCCCUAUGUCGGAUCAACGGACGCGGUUGAUUCGCUUGUUGGUCGACUACCCGAGCUGCGCAAGACAUUAUCGGAGCUUCUUACUUCCAACCAAGACACAACGCAAACAUUGAUCACAUCCGCUGAUGCUCUCCUCUUUUCUAUCACUGCAUUGCGUAAGAAUGGGGCGCUCGGGGCACCGACGGAGAUUAGAUCUGUUUUCUUCUGGCCCAUGUUGGUUUCGCCUGGGUUUCUCGACUUAGCAAAGAGUGAGCAUGCAGCCGCACUUGUCGUCUUAGCGCAUUACAUGGUCUUGAUACAUAUGUCCGAGCCCCAUUGCUGGUUUCUUGGCUCCUGGACAAGGUAUUUGGUUGACGAUCUGGCAAUAAAACUUUCAGGCUCGUAA